AUGGAAGUUCUCUUUCCUCUCUCUCUUUACAUCACAACACUGGUCCGACCUGCCUCGUCCAUGGCAGAGCAUGGAACUCGUCGAACCACCACAGACCAUCUCGAGGAAGCCAUAGCCGCCCUCACCGAACAUUCCGAUUUGGCUAAUAAGUUCGAAGCCAUCUGUGAACGCCUCUCCCACAUGACCUCUUCUGCUCCGCCACCCCCUUCCGCGCCGCGACCACCGGUUAAACUUGAUGUCCCGCGGUUCGACGGCCAUGAUCCACUUGGCUGGAUCUUCAAAAUCUCACAGUUUUUUUAUUACUAUGGUACUCCGGAAGAGGAUCGUAUCAUGGUAGCUUCUUUUUACCUCGACGGCGUAGCAUUAAGCUGGUUUCAGUGGAUGUUCCGGAAUGGAUUCAUCACUUCAUGGCCAGCUCUUCUCCAGGCCAUUGAAUCUCGUUUUGCUCCAUCAAUCUACGACGACCCCCGCGGCGCCUUAUUCAAGCUUACGCAGCGAGGCACCGUCACAGAGUACCUAACGGAAUUUGAGAAGCUUUCAAACUGCAUCACAGGCCUAUCCCCAUCAGUCCUUCUUAGCUGCUUCAUCUUCGGUCUCAGCCCGGAGAUACGCCGAGAAGUGCAGGCCUUUCAACCUGCUACCCUCCCCAAAGCCACGGCUCUCGCUCGAUUACAAGAAGAUAAGAUCAAUGAUCAACGAAAGCACAUACGUACCCCCUUUGCUCACCCAUCAUCAACCACUACGCCCUCUAACCCUCACUUAUCCCAACCACCACGCCCUAAAGCCCCAUUUGUCCAGCGAACCCAAGAAGACAUGGCCUAUAGACGAGAGAAGGGGCUCUGUUAUAAUUGUGAUGAAAAAUGGAGCUCCUCCCAUCGUUGUAAGGUAAGAUUCCUCUUCUUCAUUGCCAACUCCGGCGAGUCUUCAUCACUGGAAUCCAGCCCUUUAGAACCUUCGUCUCCAUCAAAAUGUGACUAUGAUCAAACAACGCUCGAAGCUACCCAGUCCUUUGACCCCACUUCUCUGCAACCCCAUAUCAGCCUCCACGCCAUGGCCGGUGUACCCGCCACAGACACCUUUAGAUUGUAUGGCCUCAUCAAUAACACUCGAGUCACAAUUCUAGUGGACAGCGGUAGCACUCUUAACUUCGUUCAACCUCGAGUUGCAAAGUUCCUCAAUCUUCCUCUACUUGAUACACUGCCUCUUAGGGUCAUGGUAGGCAAUGGCUCGGUGUUAGAUUGUCAGCAGAUGAUACCGGACGCCAUGAUACUCAUCCAAGACCACAACUUCAUGGUCACAUUGCGCAUCUUACCGUUAAGCGGAGCUGACGUCAUUUUGGGGGUAGAAUGGCUGAGAACUUUGGGCCCGGUUAUUACUGAUUACACCGAUUUUACUAUGAAGUUCACCCUAUUUGGACGGCUCAUUCAUCUUCGUGCGGAUGUGCAAGUCGACACCAACCCAGUUUCAGCCCAUCAGGUAAAGCGCCUCAUCACUACUAAUUCCACUUCGGGCCUUUUCCAUUUAUCAUUGCAGCCCACUCCCUUGUCCGAAUUGCUAAACACCACACCACACCCCGUCCCUGCCAUUAACGAGCUUCUGCUCAAAUACCAGUCCAUAUUCGAACAACCCACAAGCCUUCCCCCACCUCGCCCACAUGAUCACCAGAUAAACCUCAUCCCCUCAGCUCAUCCCAUUAACGUAAGACCUUAUAGGUACCCCUACUUUCAAAACACCGAAAUAGAAAAACAAGUCUCAGCGCUUCUCGAUUCUGGUUUAAUACAACCCAGCAGAAGCCCAUUUUCUUCCCCAGUGCUACUGGUAAAGAAGAAAGAUGGGACGUGGCGUAUGUGUGUAGAUUAUAGGGCUUUAAACUCCAUCACGGUUCGUGAUAGAUUUCCAUUACCAACCAUAUAA